CUGGAGGAGGAAGCACUGAGGUGUGGUUACACGCUGUUGAACUCUUGUACCCCGUGCAGACCUCAGCUGGACCUGCUCUCGCCCCGCUGCGCUGCCCGGCUGUCACCGAGCCCAGGGGACUGGCACAGCCUCAUUUCUUCCUGUAGCUUUGGUGUCAAGUGUACGUGUGUGUGCUCCUGGAUGUGCAAUGGGGAGCUGCGGCGAUUAGAACAACGCACGCAGGGGUGCGGGCAAAGAUGCACACACAGACAGAGAUCUUGCUCAGGAAGGAGUGCAGACCCGGGCCGAGCAGAGAGCUGAGCCAGGCUGAGGCCUUGGUUAGCCAUUGAAAAUUCAUAGGAUUUACAGGUACGGGCCUGGACUAAGAUGUUACAUAAGAUGUUUUUCCAAUAAUUGUUAUUAAAAACGCACCACACUGAUGGUUAUAUUUGUUUCAGUUAUGUUCCCACUCAUUCACAGACCAGGCCCAAGGACCUUCACACAUCCCAUGCACUUGGGGGUGGUCAUCCAGCCCAAGAUACCAUUCUCAAGAGUCUGGGCUAUAACUCCUUACAAGUAUGAGAAACGUACUUCAACACAAUCUGUCCAAGGCUCUUUAUAUUUUGCUGUGAUCUAAUUAUGUCAGUAUUAUGUCUUUGACCGUCCAGAUGGUCAUGUUAGUAUUGAUCUGCCUUUAUCAUCCAGCUGGCUGGAACCGCACAUCUUGCUUUCCCACGGGAGCACGGGGUGAAGCGGUAACUAACACCUCUGCGGGGGGAUCGCAGGGCAGCAGGUGCAGCCACACUGUCCCCUCACCCUUCCAGCUUGUGUCGAUGUGACACGGCAGUGAGAGCAGCAUCAUGUGCGAUGCCUACAACCCAACCACCCUGUUUCAUUCCCUGGUGAUUUCAUUUUUAGGCUAGAGCAAAAUUCAAGAGGUCAUUGACAGGUUUUGUUAGAAGCACAGCAUUUGCUUUUUAAGUAAAAGAACAGGAGCUGAGGGGAGACCUUCUGAUCUCUGAACUGCCUGAAAGGAGCUUGGAGCCAGGGGGGUCGGGCUCUGCUCCCCAGGAACAAGCACCAGGAGCAGAGGAAACGGCCUCAAGUUGCCCAGGGGAGGGUGAGGUUGGAUGUGGGGAACAAUUUCUUCCCCAAAGGGCUGUGGGGCAUUGGAACAGGCUGCCCAGGGCAGUGCUGGAGUCACCAUCCCUGGAGGGUUGGACAGACGGACAUGAGGUUCUCAGGACAUGGGGCAGUGCCAGGGGUGGGUUGUGGUUGAACUCAAUGUGAACUUGGAGGUCUCUUCCAACCAAAAUGAUUCUAAGUUUCAGAUACUUUGGUGUUUUCUGUUUCUUAAUUAGCUCCUCCACAGGGAUCUGCCUUCGGGCCGGGCUGGGAGCACACACCUGUGCAGAAGAUCCGCGUCUCCCUUGCCGAUGUUGGCUUUCCAGGCUGUGCUGACAGGGCAGGUGGGCUGGGACAAACCAACUCUCCGCAGUUACUGCGUGUUCUGAUGCAGCCACUGCUGCGCUGGGGUGACAGACCGCAACGGUAAUCUGCUUUGUCAGAACAAACGGUGCCGGUAGAGACCAGCCCCACCACAACGAUCUUGUAGGCGGAAUCCACAGUCCGCUUGCAGGCUUCCUAGACAUCUGAUACAACUUCAGAGAGUCCAGGCACAGCUUGUGCCAGCAGGACCUGCCCAAGCACAGCCAGCAGCUGCUCAGAGGUUGUUACAAGGGAUUUCUCCCAUUUCUUACCCAAGAGAUGAACUGCCCUGGAUCAGGGCUGUGCUGGAGAAGAGACUUUGCUGCCUCUGUGUCUCCCAGCUUGGGGUUGUUCUGGGGACUGCUGCCCUACGCAAAGGUCUAAAUGUGUAUUAUCAAGAAUGCCAUUGUUAUUGGUGUUGGUUUCGAGAGCGUCACCGCAGCAGACACAGGAGUCUUGGGCUGCUCGAUGUCCUAUCCUGUGUAGACCCUCUGGAGCUGCUCAGUCCUGUGGAGCCUCCACCCUGUGUGGUCUCUGAUCGUCAAGAGAGGGUUGAAGAUGCUGGAGACAGGCUGAGCUUUCCUCAGGUAUUGCAGUUGUUCCGCCUGUUCGCCUAGAAGACAUCUGGAAUGGAACAAAGCUGCUGUCUGUGACAUCCAGCCCCAAGAAAGGAGAAGGAAUAAAGUGGUUUCCCCUCUCAGCCAUCUGGAACAGUUCAGCUGGAUGAUAUUCUUUACAUUUUUCAGUAUGCUUUGGGUAAAAGAGGGGAAAAAUAAGGAAACCCCCAAAGCCCUGAGGUCGGAGCACAGGUCUUGGCUCUGUACUUUGCCGUCACGACUCUUGGAGUGGUUGGUGCCUCAGAGUCCCAUCAGCGGGAAUGUGGACACCUGAAACUGUGACCUGUGGCGUUACCUGGGGCUCUGCGGACGCCACGGGGCAGAAAUGCCAGGUCAGCUGUGUGGGUGGCACUUCUGACCUCUGCGAAUCCAGCCAAGGCGCAGAAGUCCCUGUGGGCUUUUGUGGGGAUUUGCAGGAUUCCCUGGCCAGGAGCGACUGGAAGCUGCUGCACCUUAGAGGAAUGUUCUGGAGUGCUGCAGAUCCCCUGGUGGGCAGGGGCCGGGGCAAGGAUGGAUUGAAAGUUUUGAAGCAGUGAAGCUGCUGCAGCUCUGAAUACUGUAAGGAGUUCCCGUGACUUCUGAAGCAGGCUUAAGCAAUUAGAGUCAUCAGCAACCCAGUAAUUAAUCUCCAGCUUGCCCUGCUCUGGAGGAAGUUGGUUGCCGUUCUAACUGAAUUUAGCAGCUGGAGUUUCCCAAGCGAGUUGUUCAAGGUCUUUUGAAAUAAACUGUCAUUGCAUUUAUCCGUUCACCAGGGGCUGAACUAAAGAGCAAAACCCUGAGGAGGAAAAGCAGUGGCUGUGAGGUUUUGGGGUCUGCCUGUGGCUGCGGGCCGGGUCCCUCGCUCCUGGGGCUCCCUCCGCUGAGCCGGGGACAGGAGGUGCCCGUUGUCUCCACUCCCAGCGAAUCUUGCUGUGAUGGACACAGACGCGUCAUUCCACAGUCACGCUCGUUCAGUUGCUUCCCCAGCACCGGGCAGGCUUUACAGCAAAGUCUUCUUGAGAAAGGGUUGAGACCUUCAGGCUGUGGUAGUGAAAUGCAAAAGACUACAAGAAAGAAAAUAACUUGCUGAUUCUUACUUAUCAUCUAGAAAAAUGACAGGCAGAUUCUAGCAUAACGAAAGAAAUGUAAAACUUAAUGCUGUCUGUUGAAAUAAAAUUCAACACCUAUAAAGACAGAGUUAUGAACAUGUAAACACAGCUUUAGUAUUCAGAACUCGGGAUCUAGCAGCAAAACAAACUAUUUGCAUAUUAUGUAGUGCAAUGAACAUUUGUUCUGGGAGACCCCCAGUCUUAAAAUUACUUUGAACAGAAUGGAAUCCUUACAGGAAAGGUUUUAAAAGUGUCCCAGAUGUCAUAUCCUGAAUUGCUAGGUAUUCAUCUGCUGUAAUCUAACAAUUUCUCUACGCGAAACUGUAAGAUGCAAACAUAAUUUAGAUGUGGUUUGCACCCUCUGCUUUGGUGGCCGUGCUGUGUCCCAGGUGUUGAUGGCACAUCUGCUGUCAGGAGCUAUUGCUGCAUCGGCGGAUCCUCAUUCCCUCACUGCGAGGAGCAGCUCGGGGUCUCCUUUGCUGCAGAGGUGGUCGGUACGAGGCCGGGCUCUGGCGUCCGUGUUCAACAGGAGUGUGGCCUUUCCCACACACGGUUGUCUGGGACCAGGUUCAUGGUCUCUGAGUAAAGUGAACAUUCAACAGACGAAGCAUCUCUCAAAACAUCCCGCAUUCUGAAGCAGUUUUGAGAGCAAUUAAGCAAGUUCCUAAUUGUGAAAUGCAAUUAUCAGCACAGAUAUGCACUAACUGUCUCACUAGCCUUUGAAGAACUCCUUGUCCUUUCCCAGCGGGUGAGCUGCGUGACGCGGCAGAGAAGCCGCGCAGGUAACGGCUUCGGAAACCCCCCGGGGAGGUUGCUCGGGGUCUUGUUCGAGCGAGCGUUAUGUCCCGGGAUGCAGAUCCCAGCCCUUUUCUGAGCCCCAUCCCAACGCUGCACAUCUCAUGGUUGUUUCCCUUGCAUCUAAUGGGAAUCUUUUCGGCAGCACCAGGUGCCUGUUGCUUCCCGUCCUUUCACUGUGCACUUUGGGAAAGGCUCCAGCUCUGUGUGCUCUGUGACCCUCCCAUGAGACGGCUGAAGCCAACAGUGAUGCUGCCGAGCCUUCUGCCCCCAGGCUGACCAAACCAAACACCCUCUGGUGUCCUGUGCUCAGUGGGGCCCUCCAGUCCCUCAAACCUGUCUUGGACAAGGGGUCUGCAAACCAGACCGUGCUCCAGGCGCAGCCUCACCUGUGACGUAGUGCAAGAGCUGUAAUUGGCUUUGCAGAUUCUCAUUACAACAUUUACAUACCCAUACAGUGUGUUAAGGGUACGGCUGCACCUUCAAGUAGCCGGAUUUGGGGAUGGGGACACCUGCAGAGUCACGGCACAACCGCUGUGGUGCCUGGAGUUCGCUAAUAGACCUUGAUUUAACCGACCCUGGGGGAACACCAGGCAGAGGCUUCUGUGCUUUGUGCUGUUAAACCAACCAAUUUGUGCUGCACAAGGAAAAACGCAGUGGGCAGGAAUUACUGGAGAGGUCUGGAGCAUCUUUGUGAUGAGGAGACACUGAGAGAGCUGGGGCUGUUGAGCUGGAGAAGAGAAGCUGAGAGGGAUCUGAUCCAUGGAUCAAUAGCUCAGGGUGGGUGUCAGAGGAUGGAGCAGACUCUGUUCAUGGUGCCCAACGCCAGGGUGAGGGGCAACGGGCACAGACUGAAACACAGGAGGCUCCAUGUGAACAUGAGCAGAAACUUGUUUGCUGGGAGGUGCCAGAGCCUGGCCCAGGCUGCCCAGAGCGGGUGUGGAGUCUCCUUCUCUGAGACAUUCCAACCGCCUGGACCCACCUGUGUGAUCUGCUCUGUGACCCUGCGUGAGCAGGGCUGGGCUGGGGAUCUGCAGAGCUCCUGCAGCCCAAUCAGCCUGGGAUGGGCAGUUAGUUGUGAGCCAAGGACAGGACUGGUGGGCAGCUCCUUUGCUUCUCUGCACGCAGCGUGCUCCAGCACAUAAUUUCCCAAUCAGCUGGUAUCUCACCUACUCUGCCUCAUUCAAGGGAUUGUCCACCAGCUGGAUCUCACUCGGACAGGGAGAGGAGCUUUGGCCAGGGUCAGAGGUGAUGCUUUGCCAGGUGAGCUCCUAGGGUGUAGUGGCAGUCUGGGCAUUUUGGGCAAGACCUUCCCUGAACUGCCCUGUGCUCACAAUCAGCAGGUGGAGGCUGGUGGAGCCUGUCCAGCCCAUGGCCCAGCUGCCUCCUGCUGCUCCUCUCUGUGCAGACGUGUAAGGCACAAAGAACAGCAUUUGGGGACCUUUCCAGACCCCAACAGGGCCAUGGGGCAGGGUAGGGGCUGAGUUGGGAAGUACUGAGCAGAGCAGACACCUCUUUAAGCUGGUGCCUCUAUAGGUGGAUAUGAAGACAUCUUUUUUUCACCUUUAAGAGCAGAAAAGGAUGAAGAACACCGUGGGGGAAGGAACCUUGUCCCUGUUAGACAUCUCCCAAAGGUGUUCAAGGCUCUCAAACCAUGACAAAGUGCUGUUUUUUUAUCUCUCCCUCCAGGAAAACUGGAGGAGCUCUGCUUGAGCAUCAGGCUGUGUGUGCAGGGAUGAAGGCAGAAAUCUUCCCGGGGUUGCUGGUGUUCCUCAGCCUGCUCCAGGCAUCUGUAUCUUCCUCCUAUGGUCUGCAUGAGGAGCUGUGGGACACGUCCCUCCGGAGCAGCGUGGACGAGGCCAAGCGGCUGGUGGACGCAGCCUACAAGCGCACGCGGGACCGCAUAAAGGAGAACCUGCAGAAUGAUGCCUUGACCCCAACAGAGCUGCUGGGAUAUUUCAAACAGCCGGUUGCAGGCACUCGAGCUGCCGUUCGAGCUGCAGAUUACGUGGAAACCACCCUGACCCUGCUCAAGGAGAAGCUGCGAUGGGCUGUGAGGGGGGACUUCAAUGUCACAGACCUGCUCACACCAGCUCAGCUGGGGAUGAUUUUCAAGGCAAGCGGAUGCGACCAGCAGGAUAAGCACAUAAAUUGUGAUGCUCCUAAUGGCUACCGAACGAUCACUGGCGAGUGCAACAACAGGAGGAACCCAUCGCUGGGAGCAUCCAACAGAGCCCUGGUCAGAUGGCUGCCAGCAGAAUACGAGGAUGGCGUGUCAGUCCCGCAUGGGUGGACGGAAGGAAAGCGUUUUUCUGGAUUCCCCUUCCCACUGGUGCGACAAGUGUCAAACGAGAUCGUCCGCUUCCCCUCCAGGCAGCUCAGGAUGGACCAGCAGAGAUCCCUCAUGUUCAUGCAGUGGGGCCAGUUUAUUGACCACGACCUGGAUUUCAGUCCAGACACCCCAGCUAGAGUCACCUUCAGUGGCGGGGUGGACUGUCACACCAGCUGUGCCAAGCAGCCCCCUUGCUUUCCCAUCAAGAUCCCACCCAACGACCCACGGAUUAAAAACACAAAAGAUUGCCUGCCUUUCUUCCGCUCGGCUCCCGCCUGCACCAGCGGCAGAGCCAUUCGCGAUCAGAUCAACGCGCUCACCUCCUUUCUGGAUGGCAGUGUGGUCUACGGCAGUGAAGUGCCUUUGGCCAACAAACUGAGGGAUCGGAGCAACCAGCUGGGCUUGCUGGCUGUGAACCGGAAUUUCACUGACAGCGGGAGGGCAUAUAUGCCCUUUGGCAGGAUGCAGAAGGACCCGUGUCUCAUAGUCAGCAAGGGAGCCAACAUCCCUUGCUUUCUUGCAGGUGAUUCUCGAGCAAACGAGAUGCUGGGGCUGGCGUGCAUGCACACGCUCUUCGUGCGGGAGCACAACCGCCUGGCUGGGGGGCUGAAGAGACUAAAUCCCCACUGGAACGGAGAGAAGCUCUACCAGGAGGCACGGAAGAUCCUGGGUGCCAUGAUCCAGAUUAUAACCUACAGGGACUACCUGCCUCUUCUGUUGGGAAGCAGUUUCCAGAGAUUGAUUCCUCGCUACCGAGGCUACAAUGAGUCUGCGGAUCCUCGAAUAUCCAAUGUCUUCACGUUGGCUUUUCGUUUUGCUCAUGCUUCAGUUCCCCCAACUGUUGACCGAUUAAAUGAAAAUUACAAGCCCAUAGGUCCCAAAAUUCUACUCAGAAAUGCCUUCUUUGCUGUCUGGAGAAUCGUUAAAGAAGGUGGUAUCGACCCCUUUCUCCGGAGCCUGAUGGCCAAUCAGGCCAAGCUGAUGACACAGCAGCAAAUGGUGGUGGAUGAGCUCCGGGACCGGAUGUUUGAACAGGUUGAAAGGAUUGGGUUUGAUUUACCUGCGCUUAACAUGCAACGUUGCAGAGAUCAUGGCCUUCCAGGUUAUAACUCCUGGAGGCAAUUCUGUGGGCUCUCACAACCUUCUGGAUUGAAGGCACUUGCUGCAGUGUUGAGGAAUCACAAUCUGGCAAAGAAGUUCAUACAGCUGUAUGGGACACCAAAGAACAUUGACAUUUGGAUUGGGGCGCUGGCAGAGCCCUUUGUGACUGGAGGCAGAGUUGGGCCGCUCAUGGCUUGUCUCAUUGGCACCCAGUUCAGGAACGUUCGUGAUGGGGACAGGUUUUGGUGGGAGAACAAAGGGGUUUUCACUCCUCAGCAGCGCUCUGCGCUGGCCAAAAUCUCCUUGUCACGAAUAAUAUGUGAUAACACCAAGAUCUCUAAAGUACCAAGACAUAUCUUCCAGGCUAACAGAUACCCCUGUGGCUUCGUGAGCUGCAGCCAGAUCCCAAAGCUGGACCUGAGAGCCUGGAAGUCAAAGAUGACUGAGGAUGUUACAGAGCAAGAAGAAGCAUCUGGUGACUUUUAAUGCUGAACAUUGAGGAUUCCCCCGAAGUCUGGAAGUUCGGACUUGAGAAGCUGCUGAGAUUAUUUUUGGGAGUUUUUUUACUGUGUGUAUGCUUUUACUGCCUGAAAUAUUUGGGCACGGUUGCCGUCAUUUGUUCAAUUCAGUUUGCAUGAAGCCUUUUCAGUGAGAUGGAAUCCAGCGAUAAAAGAACUUCAUUAAAAGAUGUCUCAGAUCUGUGAAAAUUAUCCAAUACUGUGAAGCAAAGCAAAAUCAUUUAUCCAGAGUAUAACUCCUAAUCAAACCAACUGCUAGCUUAGGCAAUUUCAUAUACACUGUGUUUCAGUAAGCUUUACUGUCAAAACCCUCCAUUAAAAGUUUCUAACCUACACAGAAAGAGCACAGGAAUGGAAUUGGAAUGAGUGCUUAUUCUUGCUCUCCUUUUUUUGUUUUGUUUUUUUUUUUUUUUUUUAAAAAUGUACAUUGUUUUCUAGAGAAAAUCUACUAAUUUCAUGGUGCCUUUGAGUGAAGCAGCAAUAGCUGUCAUGCACCCCAAGUAGGCUUGUUUAAAUGCCCUGAUUCAGGUUUUGCUUGAAUACGGAACGAAGAAAGUGUCCACAUCAAAUAAAGCUGUUUUCUCAUCAUUUUUUGCCCUUAGUCCAGAAUGUCCGAGGCACCGUUGGGUGUGACAGAAAUCUGUGACAAAUUCUUCCUGCAGCCUGGCAUGAGCCAGAGUGACCGACCCUGGGCUGUGGAGCUGCUGGGGUCUGUCCUGGCAAAGAACAGUCUUAACGUACAAGAAAGUAAAAGCUAAUCUAGUCUUACUCCAACUACGUCCCCUCAACGUCUUUUCUUGAAAGGGAUCAAACCCCCUUUCUCCUUCCUCUGUAGUUUGCUGUGUUACUAUUAUCGGUCAAUAAAUUGCAAUUCUGA